GUGCGAUCUCGGUGGUUAACGGGUUAAUUUCAUUCUGCAAUAAAUCACCGCAUGGUGUUUUUGCUGCACUUGCUGGAGAGGUUUGCCUUACUAUCUGCGACUUUAACUCAGCACUGCAUUUAGAGAUGGAUGCAUGCAAUAAGGAGAAGGUUGACAGUGUUCUGGACAGCUCGGAGGAAUGUGUUAACAGCGAUGAAGAACAAGUCGAGACAGAGGAAUGGGAUUCUUCAUCUGAUAAAGAAAGUGUCGCUUCUUGCGUGGACUCUGCAGUAGAGGAGAUAUCCCUCGAUUAUUUAGAUACCGUUCUGGACGAGUUUUCAGAUUAUGAUGCCUCUGAUGCUGACUGGAAUCCAGAGGUCACUCCACGAAAGAAGAAGAGACCCAGUCUGUUUUGCAUAUCACCAUCUCCAGCAAAGUCUUGCAGAUCUGAUUCCCCUGCUUCUGUACAAAGUAAGAAAGGUAAAGAUAGGAAAAGCAGUGUGAGUCGGUCUCUACCUUUUUCCUUAAGCAUCUUAGAAGACAAGUGGAAAAGUGCAGAUGAGCCUGAUAUUGAGCCGAGUCAGCCACUCUUCAAACCUAGACUAACACCCGGUCCACAGUUGGUCUCCAAUGCAUCAUGCAGUCCUCUACAGUAUUUUGAGUUGUUCUUUUCAAAAUCUGUCAUGCGGACAAUUCUAGCCAACUCAAAUGCAUACGGGGCCAUGCGUCAUGACGGAACGAAGAAGCCAUGGCAGGACAUUUCUGUAAGAGAUUUUAAGUCAUUCCUAGCACUGGUGAUUUACAUGGGUUUGCUGAAAUGCUUUCAACUGACGGACUAUUGGAGGAAGUCUCACAUGUACAGUCUGCCGUAUCCUGCACAAAUCAUGUCAAGUAGGAAAUUUAUGUCCAUUUCUAAAGCUCUCCAUCUUAGUGACCCCAAAUUGGAUGCAGAGAAUGACGCAAAGAAGGGAACGCCUGAAUAUGACCGCCUUUUUAGGAUCAAACCGCUGUACCAGGACAUUAGGGACGCAUGCAGAUCCUCUUUUCAUCCCUUUCAGAACAUCUCUAUUGAUGAAAGAAUGGUGGCGUCAAAGGCUAAAAAUGGACUCAAACAGUAUAUGAAAAACAAACCUACAAAAUGGGGGUACAAACUCUUCGUACUGGCAGAUUCACUCUGUGGCUACACAUGGGACUUCUUCAUUUAUGAGGGAAAAAUGAAUUUAGAGCAGAGCAAAGGCAUUAGUUAUGAUGCUGUCAUGAUCUUGGCAAAUGAAAGGUUGUUGGGUGCUGGCUACAAGCUGUUUGUGGACAACUUUUACACCAGUCCCAAGCUCUUCAGAGACUUGCUCGCUAAGAGGAUCUGGGCUUGUGGCACCGUUCGAGCGAACCGCAUUGGCCACUCAAAGAAACUGGCUCCUCGUGGCAAUAUCCGCUGGUUUCGGGAAGACGACCUGCUGUUUGUUGAGUGGAAGGACAAGAGGGAUGUGCUGAUGUGCUCCACCUUUCAUAAAGCCUUUAAUGGAGACACCAUAAAGAGGAAUGUGAAAGGAGCCGAUGGAGUUUGGGCCAUUCAAGAUUUCCCCGUUCCAGCUGCCGUGUUAGACUACAACAAGCACAUGGGAGGAGUGGAUCUGUCUGAUGCGCUUAUUUCAUUUUACACCGUUCUACAUAAAACAAGAAGAUGGUAUCGAUCCUUUUUCUACCACUUUGUGGACAUCGCUGUAGUAAAUGCCUUCAUUUUGCACCAGCAGAUGGCCAAGAUAAAGAACCAGAAGCCUUUGACCCAGAAGGCCUUUCGGGAGGCUCUUGUUGCAGAGCUCGCAGGAACGGGCCCUCCAUCUGCUCCUGCACAAAUACGCCCGAUUCCUUCGACUUUCUCCCAUCUGCCCAAGUACAUCAGCGGGGACAGCAGUAUUGGAAGGCGAAAAUGCAAAAUAUGUACCUUUAAAACUCCAGUCAUGUGUGUGACUUGUGACGUGCCACUGUGCUUCGUUCCCAAGCGCGAAUGUUUCACUAGCUGGCAUGAACAAGGUAGUUGUAGCGAGACUGAGGAAGAGUAAAGUUCUGGGAUUUUGAGUGUAGUUUGGACUAGGGUCAAUAUGUUAAGUCCAAUUCACUUUCCAAAACUAAUAGAUGAGAACAAAAUCAAACACAAGAAUAAAAAAUACUCAGAAGUGUAGCAUGAAAGUAACAUAAUAGUUUGAGUCAAGUGGGAUGAGAGAGAAAAUUUUGAGGAAUAAUACUUAGUCCUUCUAGUCGAUCUUUCCAUUGCAUUAUUCGCAUCCGCAAACUUACAGCGCAACCAAUAAAAUGGGAACUGUUAUUGAUUUUUCUGGACUGAGACUUGAAUCAGUGUAGUGACUCGGUUUACACCUGGAAUUAAGAUGAGUUUUGGUCAAACGAAUUACAAGUAGACAAUGGAGACACAUACCCGUUUACACCUGGUGUUUUAAUCCGUCUCCUUGGGUCUUCAGUUGUCAAAGUUUUAAUCCUGUCUGUAAGGCGGAGAGUAGACGGUCUUUUGUCGCUGUUCGAACGCAUUCGACCUCAUGAGUGUUUACACUACGAAAGCAGUGA